AUGGAUCCACGCAUCCCGCUCGAACAAGGCUAUUUCGAGGUAUUCAACGAGCCUAAUGUCAGGCUCGUGGAUCUCAGAGCUACAUCCAUCGAAGAAUUUACCGAGAAGGGCAUCAGAACGAGCGCUGAGGAGUUGGAAUUCGAUGUCAUCAUUGUUGCUACAGGUUUUGAUGCUUUGACCGGCACACUCACGCGCAUCAACAUCAACGGCAAAGACGGUACGCUGUUGAAAGACCACUGGAAAGACGGUGUCAAAACAUAUUUGGGCAUGACUUCGCAUGGCUACCCCAACCUCUUCUUCCAGUAUGGUCCACAGGCGCCCACUGUGUUCUGCAAUGGCCCCACUUGCGCUGAAGUGCAGGGCAACUGGGUCAUUGGUACGAUCAAUCACUGCCGUGAUCAUGGAAUCAAGAUGAUCGAGGCAACGGAAGCCUCAGAAAAACAGUGGAAAGACAAGGUGGUUCGCCUAGCGGAGGCUAGUCUCUUGCCCGCGACAAACUCGUGGUACUAUGGCGAUAACAUACCAGGCAAGGUGCGUGAGCCUCUCUUGUAUCUUGGAGGCCUGCCUUCGUAUUAUGAGGAUCUGAAUGUGGUCCGUGAUAAUGGGUUUGAGGGAUUUGUGCUCGAUGAUGGAACGAAGUCGUCUAAGCUGUAA